GUAUUAUUAAGCGACUAAAUGAAAUAGUACCACGAAUGAAACGAUAACAUAGUAAAUAUUAUGAAUUUGUACUACGUCCGUGUGGUGUGUAUUUAUAUUCUUCGGGUUUCUUGUUUCAUCAAAACAACGAAAACAAACCUACAGAUUUCCAAAUGGAUCAUAAAAAAUAAAUAAUUCACGGGUUGUUUUUAAUAAACAUAUAUGCUGAUUGUCGUGUUAUAAUACCAUGUAUCUUCCAUACGUUGCCAAUUAUUAAGAUAGCAAGAUUUUCCUCAGCAAUUUCUGUGAUACUCAUGUCAUAUCUGUGAGUCUUGUAUAGGUCAAAUUAUGGAGGAGAACAAAUCUAAACACAAGACUCUGCAGAAUGCUGCUCAUCAUAUCGCGUUAGACUGCAUACAACCACAGACGACGCACGGGUCACCUUACCAUGUACACCCUUAUCCCUCGCCAGUCAGGCUGCAGCACGCCUUCCAGGCCCAGAGCAGUCCGAAACUGUUCCAUCCUAAAGGGCUCAAACCUCAUCUGGACGCUCGUACUUUUGCUACGCCGCAAGAGAGUCCAGUGCUGGGCAGGGCUUUGUGCCUCACACCGAGAGGCAGCCCGAUACCAGGCCGGGUGUCUCAUCUGAACGAGAAGUUUCAAGACUCUUUGACGCUCAACUCUGACACGGACUCUUUGGUGGCCAAGAUCAGCGCCAUGUUCCCGACCGUUAGCGAGACGCACAUCAAGAUCUUGCUGAAGAAAUACUACAAUCGCGAAGCUGUCGUGAUCAGCGCUCUGCAAGUCGAGAAGCACCCCCUUGUGACCCCGGGGCCGCACGCUCUGUCCCCGCCGGGGGCCCGACUACAGCGGAACGCAACCAGCCUUUGUAACGCGAUGCAGUUCGCCAAGGGCAUAUCCGGCUCGCUCCACGGCUCGAGUCAUUAUACGCCGAUGACGGGGACGCCGCAGGGUUCACCGUCCCUUCUUCGCCCAGGAUCUGGCGCAUCAAGCUACUAUGGAACCGCGAGAAACUUCGAUAGGGAGAGUCAACCCGCGCGUCACCCCUCUCCGAAGAUGAAGCUUAAAUACCUGAAGAGCGUGUUCCCGAAAGCGGACGAGACCAUCAUCAUCGACGUACUCGCCAACAAAGAUAAUAAUGUCCAGAAGGCCAGCGAGGAGCUGAUCGGGCUGGGCUACGUCAAGAAAGACAUCUCAGCCCAGCAGAAGAAGAAAGAUAUCCCAACACCGCAGCCGAUCAAGAAAGUGGUCAUCAUGAAGACAAACGAAGAGAAGCAACUCUUGAAAAGGCAGUUCGAGUUGAAGUAUCCCUGGAUCCCUGAGCGCUUAAUUAUUAUCGCGCUCGAGAGCGUCGACUUCAACGAGGAUAGAGCUCACCACAUACUGUCCACCGUGUCCAAGGAAGAGGCCACUCAUCAGGCGAGGGCUCCCGAAGUGCAGAUGCCGCGUCGAUUCGUACCGGACACAAGACGAGAUUCGAGUGUGGUCUUCGAUUACGAGCCGAGUCAACCGGCGCCCGUGCAGGCCUCACGACGUCUCAAGAUAUGGACCGAGAAACUUAAGCCAAUACUGAAGACUAAUAACGGAGCCGAGACUAAAUACAAGUCGCCGUAUUGUUCGCAAGCAAAUGGGCCCAAUCCAACGCUGCGCCGUGGUCCCAGAGAGAGUCUUUUGCUCGAGGAUUACAUGCCCUGGAAUGGCCCCAACCCAGAGUAUCGCGCUGGUAAUGCAGUGCGCGUCGAGGGUCCGGAGUACCGUGACGUCACCCAGCAGACCCUGGCCCGCGGACCUUCGGGAACAGCCAACGGGCCGGCCGGCCUGGCCAGGGGAUCCAUGUAUCAGAAGAGCAACAAGAAAACCACUAAAAUUGUCAUUUAAAUCGGGAUGGCGCUCUGCUCAAGAAUUCAAUUAUCAAUUAUUUUGUAUUGAUUAGUGAUUUAGUAUGAUCUCUCAGUAUUAUAAUAAAGAAAUGGCUUUUUCUAUAUAUGUAAAGGGUGAGCUCAAUCGAGUCGCGAAGCCUUCCAUUCGAUGGACAAACAAACGACGAAGCCAUUUCCAGUAUAUAUAUAUAUUUAUCAAAUCUGAUUAUUUUUCGAUAAAUAUUUUAGCGUUUAUGUACUAGUGCGUUCUAUUGUUAGUUAGUUUAAAACGUUAGUGGUUAGUUAUGCGUAUCAAACGUGCCGUUAACGAUUAUUGUUUGUCUGAAAGGACGCUUCGAUCUCAUUUUAAUUAAUAAGCAAUUUUUUUUUUUUUUGUAGUUGGUCUGGCUGAAUUACGCCAACGAGUUUUUAAUACGUAACGCAACAUUGAAUAGGAGACAUUUAGCCUAGAAUGUUUUGGGUUACAACUUUGACUCCUAGUUGAAUCAUUCACGAAUUAGGUCCGACGUCCCGUGUCAUUUAGUAGAAUUCUAAAAGUCAAUCACUCAAUAGGACUUUUAGUUCCCAAAUUCCGUCUCAAUCUAGUCGAUAAUUAUACUGUUGUAAACGAUUAUUGAACUUUUUAAUGUUGUCUUUUUUUUAUAUAUCAUUCAAAUCGAACGAUUUACUUGCGAGUAAAUUUUUAAAAUUAUUUGAAUCGAAUUCGGAUCAACUUCCAGUACAAAUUUUAAUGUAGCUAUCGAUUUCGAUUAUAAAUUUAAAGUUUAUGUUCAUCGUGUCCACCCAGUUUGUUUAACAUUAUUUUUAAAAUAUAAUGAUAUUAUUCAUGCACGUUCAAAAUUUAAAGGUAGAUCUAUUAUUUGUAGAGACCUUCCUACAUCGAAUUUUACGUACAGGUAGAGAGUAGGUCGACGGUAGGGAUGUACUUAUAGCAUCGCAGAAAUUUCUGGGAAAUUAAUUUAUUCUCUUUCGUUUUAAUUUCGGUGAUCAGUAAAAUAUUGCACACCAAAUACGUAACUGAUUAACGAAUAAGUUUCUGCUUCAAACCUUAAAGCGAAUAAGUGUUUGUAGCGGGCAGCCAUCUUAGAACGCAAGAUAUUUGACAGUUAUCUGAAUGUUGCCAAUGACAUUUUUAACUAUAUACAAGUUCCGACCAAUAACAUUAGGAUGGUCCUAAACAUACUCUGACGAGUUUGAUGUGAAACUUAGCCCAUACAUCAGCCUGCUGAGUUUCUCACCGGAUCUUCUCAGCGGGUCGCGAUUUCCAUCCGGUGGUAGAUUCAUUCGCGAAGCAGCUGCCCUUGCGCUGUUAGCAAAUCCCAUACUUCCUGGUUGAGCUCGUGCUCGCCCACAUGUCCCGGUGAAACUAGAAAAGCCAUCGGGGCUUCGUAAAAGCUCCUUCCAAAAAAAAAACAUGGACAGUCGUUCUACCGAGCUAUCACCCGCUCGGUGUAAGAUCUUCCUUUUAUCGUUACUCUCUAAUAUUUAUAAGAGAAACAUUCUAAAACUAGUGCUGUGCAUCGCGAUGUCGAUAUCAAUUCCCUAAAUAACGAAGACACCGUAUCUUUUGUGGAUUCAUGAAGUUUUUCUAAACCAUUAUGUUAAACGAAGUAUGCUUCCUUCCAGGCUUCCUUUUAUCUUAUAGUAAAUUAGUUUAUUAGUGCUAAGAAUAAAUGAUUCGAUUAUUGAUUCAUUAUUAACUCAUCGAUUUUUACAAAAUCAAAAUUAUCGAGAUAUUUUAAUGAUUGGAUGUUUGUGUUUACUGGGUUCAUGUGUAACCGAGUGUGACUGACUGGCUCCCAUUUGCCGCCAUUUAUCUAAAAUAAUUAGUGAUCUUCUUCGAAGUCUCAGAGCUACGUUCAACCCAUAAAUGUCGAUUUUUAGAAGGCGAUAAGAAACAUUAUAUACACAUAUUACAAGUUAAAUAAAUAAACAAUAGGUUUUCAUGUUGUUAUAGUUUAGGUGUUUGGUAAAGAAAGUAACUUUUCAAUCUUUGAUAAUCGAUUUUAUUUGAUAGCAUUUAUGAUUCCGGUUGAUGAAAUUUUUGCUAAACAUUUUAAGAGUAUAUUAGAAUUUUGUAGAUUUUCGUCGACUUAUAUUAAUAGAAAAUGACUCGAUUGUACAAUAAUAAUAAUAAUAUAUUAAUCACACGAACUUAAUCAUUUUCGACUCGAGCAAAAUUUAUUUGAUUUUAUCGUUCCACGAUUUGGACUUCGUUUCUUUAAAAAAAAUGUUUCGGAUUAAAAAAAAUAUUGUUUCCAAGUCACCUAUUUUGACUUCAAGUUUAACUUUACAAUCUGAAUUGUGAUUAAAUAAGUAAAUUGUACACGAACAAAUGAAAACAUAGCACUGCCUGAUCAAAAAUAAAAAUAGCACUAAGUUAGUUUUAAGGAGAUAUUUUGUCGUCGUGAAUUUUGACGUUCGUAACUUAAGCUUCUCGGGAUUCAUACGAACGGAUUAUUAUCCGUAUAGUAUUAAUAUUAAAUAGGAGCGGUUCUAGAUUUCGGUGUCGUUGUUUGAUUAACAGGAAAUCAUAUUUGUGUAGUAAAUUAAUAGAAUUUAGUAGUGUUAUACAUGUUUUAUUCAGUUUAAAUGUCCUGUUUGUUAUAAUGACAUGAUCGGGCUCUCAUUGCCAUAAUUAAAAAAGUUUUUUAUAGUGACGAUGAACGGAAAUCGAUUAUAAUUCUAUAUCGAUUCAAUCAAUUCUGUUUUCAUUUACAAAUAUAUUUUUUCGUGUUAAAUCGAUAAACUGAGAAAGGUUUUGAUAAUUAAAGGUGUUGUCAUCCGUACUAUACGUAUACUUUCCGCUUCCUAUUGUAGUAUAAAUUAGUUUGGAAUUCGUGCAAUAUUUUAUUAUGUCUUUAGUUGAUAAAAUGUUAGUCUAAACUGUCCUAUUUAGUAUCGAUUAGUUGAUAAAUUAUAGGCUUCGAUCAUUCCAUAUUUUUGUGAGAAUUGUCUUAAUAAAAUUAUUUGUUUAUUUUCA